AUGAGCAUCAAUUGGACACAUCGCUCAUCAUCCACAGCACAUACUUCUGUGCUUUCUACCAGCAACGGCUUUUCCAAAUCACCUACAAGUCGCACACGUCGUUCAUCACGUACUUCCACCACAUGCACAACACCUACUACACCAUGUCCUUUUGCCGCUGCUCGUCCCACAAGCUCUAGUCUCAAAAAGCAACGACAUCCUCACAAAUUAAUAGAAGAGAACCACCCAUGGAGAGCACCUGGCAUUGCAUGCGAGAUCCCUGACAUUAUCAAAGCCUGCCAUGAAAAAUUUCUGGCGACACAAAAUACACUCAAGGCACACUUACAUCGAUCGAGCAAGCCGUCAGAGAGCAAAAAGGACUCAAAUACUUCUUCCCCAAAGCGACGGUGGAUCACGGUGAUCCGAUCGCCUGAUAUCUUUCCACUGCCACCUUUAGAGAAGGUUGAGAAACCGCAUGCUGUCUUUGUUGGCAAAGUGCGAAAGGUGUUGCCUCACAGCAAAUUCAUGGAGAUCAAUCCCAAAGACAUUUACAUUGGCAGAGAGCGUAUUGGUAGUGGAGCCAAUGGAGCUGUGAUUAGUGCUAGUAGUCGACGUACCGGGAGAACAGGCCAAGUGGCGAUCAAACGGUGCUACAUUGAAGACCAUGACACACACCACCAUACAUACAUCCUGCGGGAGCUUCGCAUCAUGGGGUGCAUGUCGCAUCCCAAUUUGGUGUCUCUGACCGAGGCGUGUAUGUGGGGUGACUAUUUGUGGAUGGCUAUGGAGCUCAUGACAUGUUCUGUGUUUGGUUUACUCUACAACAUGAGCGUGGGGUUACCUGAAAGCUAUGCUGUACGCGUAGCACACGAAUGCCUUGAAGGAUUGGUCUAUCUUCAUAGUCAACAUUACAUGCAUCGUGAUGUAAAAUGUGAAAACAUCCUCUUGAAUCACAAAGGACAAGUGAAACUCGCUGAUUUCGGUCUAGCCACACCCACGACAAAGACCAAUUCCGCAAGACUGGGUACAGCCAAGUGGAUGGCACCCGAGGUGGUUUCCGAGACGCCGUAUACGGAGAGUGUGGAUGUUUGGUCUAUGGCCAUUACCAUGAUUGAAAUGAUGGAUAGAGUACCUCCGCUUUACUAUUUGGAUGGCAACCGAGAGAUCUUUGCAGAGAUCUUAUAUGGCCAACAACCCCACUUUAAUUUUGCUAUGCCUUCAAGAGUCAUGGUGGAGCUUAUUAGCUGGAUGUUGGAUCCUGAUGCAGAUAAACGACCUGGUGCCAAAUCUGCGUUAAUGCAUCUCAAACAACGUAUUAUGGCUGGGCGUCUGCAAUGUGCUAAUGCUACAGACCUUGGCUCGCUUGUUCGUCAAGUGUUCUUAUCACAACGACCCAAACAACAUCCUUAA